AUGAAUUCUGACAGCUCGACAAAUUCGUCUGGCCCAGAAGGCGAAGAGGGACGAAGUGACGAGGAACAACUUCCGCAAGGAAGUGCCGAAGGUCACCUCCCGCGAACGGUAGCUAAACUAUGUAUUGUCCACAAGGAAAUCAUCGCUGAUCCGAAAAGGGAAUGCGAGGAUAACAGAGGCUUAAGUUCUGGAUCGCAUAAAGGGAUUUAG